AAAUCAAAACAUAGGUACCUUCGUAUUUUGCACUUAUUAAAAGUGCAGCGUUAAUUAUAGAUAUCGGACAUCCUUGUUAUACUUUUCACAGAAAGUGAAAGUGAUCUUGUUCAUGUAUUUCGGUGCGGUACGCGAAGUUUUGAGGGUUUUGUUUUUUAAACUUGGAAACGUACAGGUACACAUCGGUUAUGUCCGACCGGCGAAACAAACCUUCCAAGGGAAAACUGAGCAUACACUAACAGUUUAUAACAAGAAUGUUCGAGGACACUAAAUGCUUAAAAAUAGUUUAAGAAAUUUGCAUCAGGUGUGAAAGGUGGUGGACAUGUCGGAACUGUCCUAUGAGGCAUCAGAUGAGGCCUCAGAAAAUGAGCUGCUUGAGCGCAGUUUGUCAGUGUGGAGGGGUUGGAGCAACAUCAGAGAGGACUUCACGCCUAUUCCUCUGGACAUUCACACAGCUUCCAGCAUCGGACAGUAUGAAUGUGUGAGAAGUCUCAUCACUAGGGGAGCAGUGGAAAUUGAUCGGAAGAAUGUAGGAGGUUGGACUCCACUCAUGUAUGCAUGUUACAUUGGCCAUGACCAUAUCGUCAGCCUUCUCAUUGAUGCUGGCUGCAACGUGAACUUGAAAAAUCAGAGAGGACAGACACCCCUUAUGUUGGCAGCCAGCUGUGGCAAUGAAAGCGUUGGUCGUAUUUUGCUUAGGAAAGGUGCAGAGCUGGAGGCCGCUGACUGUAAUGGUUGGACAGCCCUUUUUCAUGCCACAUAUUCAGGCCACCAGAACUUUGUCAGCUUUCUUUUAGAUCAACAUGCUAAUAUGGAUGCAAUGGAGCUGAGCACAGGGAUAACACCUUUUAUGGAAGCAGCCUCUGAGGGCCAUGAGAUCAUUGUGCAGCUCUUUCUUCAGCAUGGUGUGAAUGUUAACGCCAAGUCAUACAAUGGAGAUACUGCUCGCUCAUUGGCACUCAUCUGUGGCUACAUGAAGAUUGUCAGUCUCAUCGACAACCAUGUCUUGCCACACAGUGCACUGCGUUCAGAGCCUGGACUGGACGAUUACCUCAGCUCUUCAGAUGAGGUAGACAGACAACAGCGCCCUCUGCACCAUCGUAGUUCACGUGCCAGGUCAAAAGGUCCAAAUAUCCGUGAUGGUCCAGAAGCUAUCGCUCGCAUGAUUGACAGAACUCGAGCAGCAGAUCAAGUCCAUUAUCAGAAUUUGAUUGUGCCACGAGGCUAUUUAUCCUUUCCACAUGGAGAGGGGGAGUAUGGAGACACUCAACUGUCUUACAGAGAUGUCACGUCGCCUAUAAACCAGGAAGACUACAUCUUGGAUAGUUCUGGGGGAAAAGACUCAUUUGAUUACAAUGAUGACAGCAAUGCCUUUUCCAAAACUGGUGCCAUCACCAUCAAGUCUUCAUCAUCAUCCAGUGGAGGAUUGAUAGCAGCUUUGGGGCUAAGUCGGCAGAAUUCUGCAGACAGUGACCCUGUGUGGUUGCAUGACAGUGGAGUCCACAACUCUAGCCAAUCUGAUGACAGUGAGGAUCCUACCCCUGGCAGCCACCAUCUUGGUGGCAUGUCCCGAUCCAAUCAAGAGAGCCCUGAAAACCCAAGCUGCAAGACCUCUUCUCAGGACCUGAAGUCAGACAGGGUCUGUGGUGCUGUCAAAUCUGACACCACUGAUGGAAGCUGCAAGUCAGCUGGUGUGAGCACAGAUUCAGCAGCACAGACAGAGAUGGGGGGAAGCAGAAUGCCACAGGGACCGCCAUUGAAUCAAGAGUGGAUAGAUAAAGGUCUCACAAGUCAACCAGAUGUAGAGGUGUCCAGUGGAGACGAGAGCCAGGAGAAAUUUUCCAUCCAGUUUGGUGAUGUGGUGUUUCCUGAUGUUUUGCAGCAUGUGGUGGGUGAUCCCUGCAAUGUCCCAAACCUCACAAACCCACACCCCUCAAUAGAUAAUUUUUAUGGUACUAAAAAUGGAACACAUAGUACACCUUUAGGGGCAGUGGGUGUUCAGUGGAGUAACUCACCAGAUGGGCUUAGGAGUAAGAUGCCUGAUGUAGGGGUUUUGGCACCUGCACCAGAUGCAUUAAGCUGUUUUCAGUUUUCAGACCUGACUCCUAGACUGAUUCACAUGCAGCGUCGCAGUAGCUGCCAGGCCCAUCUCUUGCGCCCGACCAACCCCGCAGAGCAAGACAUCUCAUCUGGCAGUUCAGAGGGGAAACUCAGACGACGGUCUGCUAACUCACCACCUAAUUUUCAUGGAGAUUCAGUAGCACUUUUUCAGCGUGACUUCUUGAGCUAUGCCCAGGAUGCAGGGUGUAUGCCAGGUCGCUGGAGUGAUGUGCCCACAAGUGCAGGUGCAGUGGCUGGAUAUGUGGUGGCCACAAGCAGUCCACUGUCAAGUCCGUUCGUCCCACUUGCUUCCAUUCCUGAUUCUCGUGAAGAUAAAAGAAGUCUUCUUCAAAUGGCAUCACUGGCAACUGUAGCAUCUACAUCCUUGGUCCCUUCUCUUACUUCAGUAACCUCCCAGACAUCUUCUACAAUCUGUCAGCACCCUGGUUCUCAUAGAGGGGAGGAGGCAUCGAUUUCCUGUUUCCUGCCAAUCUCGGAUAACCCUGGCUCUGUAACCAGGCACAUGCAUGGCCCAGCUGUGGACGAGGUGAAGGGAGGCCACUCUGCUCACUGUGAUGCAUCCUCCGCUCUCAGCAACAUGUUGGCAGUGAAGGCGAGAGUUGCCAAGUGGAGAUGAUGGGGAGAGGUCAUGGGUCAAUGCUGUGGUCUCGAGGCAGUACUGGAGCAGCUGGGACUAGGAAAGUAUGCCCCGAUCUUCUCAGAGCAAGACGUCGAUUUGCAGGUCUUCUUGUCCCUCACGGACAAUGAUCUGAAAGAGAUUGGCAUCAAACUGUUUGGACCCCGUAAGAAAAUGACUAAUGCUAUUGCACGCUGGCACAGUCAAGCACCUGCUGCCCGGUCAAGCCUUGAGCAGGCUUAUGCCGAUCGCCUGGAGGGUGAGAUGCAAGAACUCGCCAUACAGCUGAACCAGGCUUAUGACAGCAUGGAGAAACUUCGGGCCCAGGUUAUGCAAGAACAGCAACUUCGCUCUGUGACGGAGAGUUGUCUGAUGGAGGAGCGGGCAGGCUGGCAGCACAUGCACCACAAGCUGAUGGAUGCACGGCACCACUGCAGCCAGCUCAGUGACACACUCAGCAGACUCACUUCUUGUCAGGCUGAGAUGAAAGAAAGAUUGGAUCAGUCUUCUUUGAGGAGUCCUGAAAUCGUCAGCAACAAGGACAUCAAAGAUUCUCAAAGUGAACUUUGUGGGUUACCAUACCAGCAGCUGUCUGGCCUCACUGACCAGUGCAUACAGGACUUGCACCAGCACCAUGACGCUGUCAUGCAUAGCAUCGAAUCCCUACUCAGCUUGCCACCUGCUGCUAGUCUUGUCUCAUGAUCGCCAUGUUGGCCAUGAAUUCCCACGAUGGAGAAAUUUGGCGAAUGAACAUCUAGAAAUGAUCUUAUUACUCAACACCAUCUCUGAUAUUCAUUUAUUUAUCCCUUGACUGGUACCACUCUGUUCCAGUACUGCAUACUGGGUGAUGAAAGAAACUGAAUAGAUGCUUCAACUGACAAGGCUUACCACCUAGGUCUGUCGAGCAACAGCAAGCAAGUCUGGCUUGGUAUAGCCAGUACAUUUUUUCUUCUCCAUACUGUACUGCACAUACAUCUUCAACCCCAUAAUCUGAAUGAAGAAGUGCACUAGACACUAUGCGGAACUUCAUAGGUCAUAGGGGCACAAGAAAUUCACACAGUCCCUCUACUUCUGUCUCUUAUGAAAAAUGUAUCGGUGUCGUGAAGCCCAUUGUCAUUCUGAGAGGAGAGAUGGGAUGUUCAAUGGCUGUCUAACCUUACCUUAUUUGCUCUAAACAAAAAAGAGCAUAUAACUGGCCAAGGCAAUACUUUCCUGCCGCAUUUCAUCUCUGACCACUAGCACCCAUCUUGGGAAAGGGGCGGCAACAGGCCAGGCAGUCAGUACAGCAAAUGUGCUAACCACCUCACCACAGGCCUAACAUGGCAAAUCCAAAAGGCCACAGAAACAAAGUAGCUUAAAAACACGUCUGAACUGCAUGAAGCCCGGCAAAGACUGGAGAGGGAGAGCUCACUAGCUGGCAAGGUCAUGAUGGGAGGUGAGUUGAUUUUGUGUUCUCCCUGUUGAUUGGUCAAGUCUGACCAAUCAUCACGAGUGGACAGCUUGAGUUGAGGUGGCUAGUGGGAUAACUAUAUAGUCAUAUCAUGUGGUAAGUUCUUGAUCUACCAAAUUUUUUACAAACAUCAAUGUACUUGUCAACAAAAUUGUAUAAGAGCAACAUUUUUGCAGUGGCAUUUCACAGCUUCAGACAUCUUUUUGCAUGUUGGUGAAUGAUGUGUGUCAUUUGAAACAUUGAAGCGUUUUUCAUGCUGCAGUUAUUCACAUGUAGUGACACAUAAAGAAACAAACCUAGAUCCUUGUCAGUACUAGAUCAUCUUUUGUAUAUGUUUUACACACAAACACUGUAUGAAGAUUAAAGGCUUGACAUCAGCGACAUGUCAAGCCCACCGAUUUGAAUUUUGCUUUUUAAGAACUUUGCCAUUUGAUGAACACACCGAGACUAAAUAGACUAAACUAUGUAUUCUUGAAGAUCUUAGUUGCCAUUGUCAUAUAUGCCACCUGUUUCCUAUUAGAAAGGCAUGUUGUAUCUAGAGUUUCUUGGAAGUUCUUCAGCAGUUUAACUAUUAGACGCAGUGAAUUCUGACCCAUCUGUUAGUAUUAGAUACAACAAAAUGUGAUAGUCCACUCUGUAUAUUAUUAGCAUGUCUUCUCUACCUUUCAUCUCUAAUACACUAUACUUAUGUGAGAUGAAUAUGAUAGUCAGCUCUAUUAGCUGUUUUCUCUUCCAGUGCACUAUACUCUGCAUGUGAGGUAAAUGUGAUAGUCAGCUCUAUAUUAGAUAUUUUUAUUUUUUUAUUAAAGCAGAUUUAUAUAGGCCAAUUUUCAACAGAAGAGUUGACUCAAUGCGCUUUACAAAGCAUGUGUCAAAUACUAGACAUGAAACUCAGAACAGGUCAUCGUGACAGCAAAAAUUACAGAGAAAUCUGCCCCCUUCAGCCAGUUAGGCUAACACUUAUCUCUAGUUCACUAUACUCUACAUGAAAAAUACAUGAUCUCUCAGUCUAGGUUUCACGUGCCUAAAUUAAAAAUUGAUACCUUUGAUUAAAAUAUAAAAUAAUUGUUCUGUCUUCUACAAUACAGAAUUGAACAGUUUUUGUCUCCUGCACUUCUAAGCGCUAUUCUGAAUCCAGUCAGACUGAUCUGUAUAUUGCUUUAAAAAUUUUGCUAUGAUAUAUUGAAACAGUGGACUGUUACUGUUUGGUCAACGAUACAUGGAUGAUUCAUGAAACCCUAAAUAUUUUUGAAGCUGUGUAAUAUGGUUGAUACAGAAAAGACUGUGUACCUAGAAUUACUAUAGAGUAUAGAUGUAUGCAUAUAUUUUGAUGACAUUUGGAGGCUGGCAAAGGAAAGGCUGUCUCUGUGGUCAUUUUAUCCAUGUCUUGCAAUAGUGUGACUGCAAUUGUAGCUGGGCAUCUGUUGGGUAGUGAUAUUGAUUGCAGCUUCACUAUCUUGGUUGACCAGACUCUUCUAGUUAUUGUAGCUAGUGGGGUCAUGACUGACCUAAACCUGCCCUACAGAACUUAUUCCCCAGGUGCUAAUUGAGGGACAGCAUGAGCUUUUAUCACAAAAACAUACUCCGGUGGUAUUUUAUGAUGAAGAGACACAAGAAAUAUUUUAUUAAGAUUUUUUUCUCUUAAUUACACCUGAAUUUGUCGAGGAAACAAAGGGUGACAAAAGGGUAGUAUUUCUAAAAGUGGCAUCAUCUGCAUGAGCUGAAUUCAAGAAGAUGCAAUCCUCGAUGAAAGAAAACAGACCAGGACAGUGUGCUGUUGCUGAAUGUUCUCUUCAGCACUCAGCUGGAGUUUGUUCUCAUUUAGGAAAUCCUAAAGAUACUGGAUACAAAUGCCAGUGGAUUAACUUUGUUUAGAGAUCUGUAUAUACACAUCUCUGCUUUGUUCAAAUGUGCCAUGUGAACUUCAUUCCCACAUAGUACUCAAAAAUUUGCUCAAAACAUUUCAAAAUCGAUUGUUAUCUAUUCACUUUACAGUAGGAGCCAGUCUUGGAAGUUCAGUAAAACAAAGAGAUCUUCCUACAGCAGUGCCCACUAUAUGAAAGCACUUAAAACCAACAACAAGCUACAAUUGCUGGUAAAAAGUUUAAACAAAGAUCAAGCACCAGAUCUGCAAUAUAGAUGCUUUCUGCAUCGUUCUGGUGUACAAGUAAUGUGGUGAUGCAAUCACAAACACAUCAUCAUUUUCUGCCCACUAUAUGAAAGCACUUAAAACCAACAACAAGCUACAAUUGCUGGUAAAAAGUUUAAACAAAGAUCAAGCACCAGAUCUGCAAUAUAGAUGCUUUCUGCAUCGUUCUGGUGUACAAGUAAUGUGGUGAUGCAAUCACAAACACAUCAUCAUUUUCUUAUCCAGCACAAUGCUAAACACAACUGACAGUGUGAGGGCACCAUUGAUGAGUGUGCUCGAAACAGCUAAAAAUGAAUUGAGGAUGACAAAUGUAUGAGAGGCUUAAACGUGAAUAUGUUUAAGUGAAAGGUAAAUUUUGCAUGCAGCUAAAUGAGGAAGAAAUAAGUUUUGACCGAUAAAUAUGUAUCAAAUUUUUAUAAUGUUAUUUUUUUAAUGGUAAAGAAGUCAUCUGCAGCAGAAGUCGUAACUAAAAAAUAAAAAUGCAAUGUUGGAAAAUCUAUCAAAAAAAAAUUACAGGAGUUUAUCAUAGACAAAUGUACAUUUAAAUGUGUUUAUAUUUUGUUAACCAAAAUACACAUGGAAAUAUUAACUCAGAUGUGCCCACUUUUUAACAGACAAUAAUAUAAUGCAGACAGCAAUGUCUGUAGUUGUUGUCCAUUAAAUUUUGAUUUUAGCUUCAAUUGAAGCUUCUAAAUAAAGUUCAAAUCCGUAUGACUGUAUUCCACAAUCAGCUGUUUCAUUUUAUGGGCAAAUAAUUGCUUCGUGAAUACCAUUUGAGCAGUGUUUCUUCAUUUGACUCAAAGACUUGCAUAGAUUUGCUGAAGUGAGCCACACUCACUCUUAUAAAUACUUAAACUAAUCAUAAGAAAAAAUGUUGCACUGGUGUUGUCCUUUAUUGAUGGUUUUCCUGUGACAAAGGCCUCCUCCCCCACCUUGGCCUGCCAGUCUGUCUGUGCUAGUGGUGUGUGAGCAGUGCUUUCAUGUAGCACCAUAGCUAUUUAAGUUUGGCAAAUUUGUAGAGAGCACUUAUCCCAAGAAAUGUAAAUUAUCUCCAACCAGAACAAAACAAAAACCUUUUAAUGAAAUGGUCUUCAUUAUGUCUUUAGCACAGGUAUGGACAUGUUUACCUUGCUUACACUAUGUGUUUGGUGUGUAGCACAAGUAUGUGAUGCUCAGUUACCUGUUUUUUUCAGUAAUUGCUUUACUGGACUUUAUUUUUUAAAAAAAGUAUGUCUGAUUAUGUUAAGAUUAAAUGACUGCAUGUUCUCUUUUUUUUAAGACAAGGAGAUGAGAAUGAAUUUGUUGUAAUGUUUUGCAAAAUAUUAA